GUGUUAAUGUCUGGACACGCGGAGUCUCGUGUUUACGGUCCAUCACUCUGUCUGAGGGGCGUUGUGUUUGUGUCGCGUCGCGUCGCUCGCACGCAAUGCUGACGCGAUGCCAGAGUUUUGCCCAGACACCAGCACGAGGGUUUGAUUAGUGGCAGAUAAAUCUGUGGAGAUAUUAACAGAAGUUAUCACACAUGACAUGUAAGUGAGGGACAGACGACGGUCGCGCGCUCGAUGGAUUUACGCCAUUCACAUUAUACACAUGAUUAACAUUCACUCACGUGUCCGGGCAUCGUGUGUAACUUCACAAAAUAUGCUUUUGGUAAACAGUUUGUUUAAAUAAAUGGAGAGACUCCGGAUCGCCUUGGUGCUGGUGAGCGCGUGCCUGUUGCCAACCUUCGCGCGCAGCUCAGUCGUUUGUCGUUCUGUGUGUGUUUUAGACUGUUGUGAGGGAGAAAUUCUGCUUUUGCUGGACUCAUCUGGUCACGUCAACUCACACCAGUUUACCAAACUGCUGCACUUCCUCUCGGAGCUUCUGCGGCCAUUCCUAUUGGGCCGUGGUCAGGUGAGGGUGGGGCUUGUGCAGGUGGGAAUUACUCCGAGACUGGAAUUUGGCCUGGACACCUACAAUACCCAGAAUGCCCUACAGGAGGCGCUGAGGAGGACGCAGCAACUCCGUGGAGUCGCCAACACAGAGGACGCUUUGCGAUUGGCUCAGCGAAUACUGCGUAUUGACAGUCAAGCCGAAGCCACGCCUAGAAUAAUCCUCUGGUUCACAGAUGGGGUGGGGCCGGGAGAAGUGGACGGACCAAUGGCGGCGCUCCGCCGACAGGGCGUGUCUGUAUUGGCUGUUUCGACAGGGGCAGGAAAUUAUCACGUGCUGCGUAACGCGGUAACUCCGCCCAUCGAAAAACACCUGUAUUUUGUAGAUGUUGAUGACAUCAUUAUCAUCACUGAAGACCUGAGGGAGGCCAUCAUACAGUUGAUUCGUGCCGAGCGUCUGCAGGUGAGUGAUGUUCGCUCUCGCAGUGCCAUUCUGCAGUGGAGGCCAAUGCUCAGUGGAGGUUUGGGGUCCUACGAGCUCCAUUACGGUCCUGACCCAUCCAGUGGCACGACGGGCUCCUCCGUCAGCAUAGAGUCAAGCAAACUCUUCAUUCCUGGAGACUCCAGCUGGACCCAACUCAACAACCUGCAGCCCGACAUGACCCACACUGCCCGACUCAUUCCCCAAACCAACCUUCACAACAUCAGAACGCUCAACGUUACCUUCAGAACCCUGCCCGACCUGUUUGGUCCCGUCACAGUCAUGGUGUCUGAUUUGGGUCCAGACCACUUGCGUGUGAGGUGGCAUCCGGUUCAACCCGAGCAGGUCCAGCGAUACCGUGUGGAAUAUGGAGCGAUUCCCAGCGGGCCGGUCCGAACGGUGACACUGCCCUCCAAUCAGAGCACCGCUCUCCUUAAACGCCUCCAGAAACACACCGAAUAUCUCAUCACCGUCACUGCACUGCACUCCUCCGGCCAGCAGAGGGCCACGUCCAUUAAAGCCUGCACACGGGAAGUUCUCCAUGCACUCGCUGACCUUCAGCUGAUCCCAGCGGGGCGGGGCUCCGUGCAUGUUGAUUGGCGGGGCGGAGGAGAGGGGCUGAUGGGGUAUUGGGUGAGUUGGAAGAACGAAGACUGGCCUUCAUCCUCAUCUUCCUCACUGUUCCUGCCGCCACGUUCACAGUCCACCCUGCUGUCAGAGCUGGGCCACACCAGUCGGGUGUGUGUGUCGCCCGUGUAUGCGACCGCCCGUGGCGAGGGCCUCUGCUGUACCGCACACACCUAAACAAAUUCAGCGUGAACCAGUGCCAGCGGUCUGAUUGGAUUUCACCGGCACAUCAAACACAGCUCAUGUUAUUUAUACAAUCAGAGAUCACAACAGCUACUGGACUGCACUGAAACUCA